AUGAAUGAGCUGCCUUACGCCAACAGCCCUACAUCCAAAAAUCUGUACAUGGCUUUGGAGCUUUUCAUUGCGCUGCUUGCUAUUACCGGCAACUUCUUGGUUUGUUUGGCCUUCACCCGAACCAAGAGGCUCCGAACGGUCACCAACUACUUCCUGGCGUCUCUGGCUGUGGCGGACAUGUUGGUGGGGUUGGUGGCCAUCCCCUGUGCUGUGUUCACUGACCUGGGACAACCUCACCACGACCUGCCUCUGUGUCUGCUCAUGCUCAGCGUGUUACUGGUGCUCACACAGAGCUCUGUCUUGAGUCUGUUAGCCGUAGCCGCCGAGCGCUACAUGGCCAUCCUGAUGCCCUUCCAGUACCAGCGCCUGAUGAGCCCCAGAGCCGCCCGCCUCACCCUGCUGUUCACCUGGACCAUGGCCGUGCUCUCUGGGUGUGUGCCCAUCAUCCACUGGCGGAACCAGGACUCCACGUACUGCGUCUUCACCUGUGUCAUCGAUAUGAGCUUCAUGGUUUACUUCAACUUCUUCUGUUUCAUGCUAGUACCUCUCAUCGCCAUGUUCAUCAUCUACGCUCACAUUUUCCUCAUCGUCCAGUGCCAGCUCCGUCGCAUCGCCCAGACCCGGACUCGCACCCCCAGCAGCGGGAGUGUGGACGCUGUUGAGGGACAAACUAGAAACGACACACAAAGACCAUCCAUUGACUCUAUAUUCACUCUAACUAAUGCGCUUGACCCAAAUAGGGUGAAAACAAUACGUACUCACCAGGAGAUGCAAAAGGCCACCUCCCUCUUCCUCCUCCUCUUCCUUUUCACUUUGUGCUGGAUGCCGAUUCACCUCAUUAACUGCGUGCUCUUCUUCUGUCCGACCUGCAAUGUGCCCGUGUCCAUAAUUCUAGUGGCCAUCAUGUUGUCCCACGCAAACUCAGCGCUCAACCCCGUCCUAUACGCGUACAGGCUGACGUCCUUCAGGAGGGCCCUUGUGGACAUGUGGAGGUCUAUGUGGGGAUGUAAACACAACUGA